AUGGCGCGUUCCUCCGUUCUCCCUAUGUGCGUCCUGGGACUUCUCGCCCUCGCCUCGGCCCUCUCCUCCGCCUGCUACAUCCAGAACUGCCCCCGGGGAGGAAAGAGAGCCUUGGCCGAGACUCAUGGACUCAGACAAUGCAUGUCAUGCGGCCCCGGGGAAAGAGGCCGUUGCUUCGGCCCCAACAUCUGCUGUGUGGAGGGAUUUGGUUGCAUUCUGGGCUCUCCAGAAACAUCUCAAUGUGUUGAGGAGAACUACCUGAUGACUCCCUGCCAGACUGGGGGGCGACCCUGCGGACGCGAAGGGGGCCACUGUGCUGCUUCGGGAGUCUGCUGUAACUCUGAGAGCUGUGCAGUCGAUUCCUCCUGCCUGGGGGAGUUUGAGAUGGAGGAUCCAGCUCAAACCUCAGCAGGGAGAUCACCUGCAGAGGUGCUUCUGCGCCUUCUCCAUGUAGCCACCAGAGGACAGACUGAGUACUGAAGACUGUAUGUCCCUUCAAGUGCAAUCAUCUGUCUGGACUGCAAGACAGAGGCUUAACGCGCUCUUUAGGAGUGCAACCUGUCUAAACCGAACAAAGGUCCUAACAUCAACUACACACUUAAAGAGCACAUUACGCAUCCAUUUUGCAGAAUGCAGCCAGAUACACUUGCUUCAAAAUACUCACUUCUUUGAGACUCCAAACUUGAAAUCUACAUUCACCUAAUUCAGUGUUUCCCUAACCUCCAUGAAGUCAGAGCAUAUACAUUUUACGCAGAGAAUGAUUUUCAGAUAAAUUGGAGUGAACUGGAUCAUUUCCCUUGGCACUGGUUUGUAAUCACUCACCUAACUCUUUAAGUGCCUAAAUUACAAAAUUGUGACAGCUAACAUUGCUGACUAUAAAAAGUAAGACCUGCAAAUAAGACAUAUGUCGCCUUUUGGUGCAAAGUAGUAACGAUACGAGGCACCGUAUUUGCAGCUCUGGCUUGUUAAAGUCUGCGAUGUUGCUAGUUGAAAUUUUGCAACCUUGGCGCUUAAAAGCUUAAGUCACAGCUACUCAUGUGUAUCGUAACUUGAGUAGAACUCAAUUGUCAAAUACACACUUGAUACUCUGUGGCGAAGAAAAUGAACAUUUCUCAGGCACUCUUUAAAAUGAACAAUGUGCAUUUGAAUCGUAUCACUUUUCUUUGAUGACAAUCUGGUGCACAUGUUGUAAACCAACGUCACUACCACAGCAUAUCAGUGUUUAGGCUCUAAUAAUAAGUGCAUUGUUGUAAAUAAAUAAAACGACAAUUUGAGAUGACCUACAAUGCCUGGGCAGUUUGUGCAGUGGAGACUAUCUGGAAAAAUGGAGGGAAAAAAAUAUUA